AUGCAACAGCCCGAAGAGGGCGUGACCGCCGUGGAGAAGGUGGUGGAGGAGCCUCAGCUUAAUGAGAAGCCUGUUUCGAGCUCAGCUUCAACCCUGGCCAAAGAAAAGGAGACCACAGCUUCGGUAUUGAACGAUGACGAUGCGCUUUAUGCCCACCUACCGGCACAUGAGAAGGAUAUCUUGAAGCGACAGUUGGAUGCGCCUCCAGUCAAGAUCACCUUUUUCGGUCUCUAUCGAUAUGCCUCUCACAUGGAUAUUCUCAUUAUUGUGGUUAGCGCGCUUUGUGCUAUUGCCGCCGGUGCUGCCCUGCCUCUAUUCACAAUUCUAUUCGGAUCUUUGGCAAACGACUUCACCAAGAUCAUUUACAACGCCAUUCCCUAUGAUGAAUUCUACCACGCGCUAACUCACAACGUCUUGUACUUUGUCUACCUAGGCAUUGGCGAGUUCGUCACCGUCUACAUCAGUACCAUCGGAUUCAUCUACACUGGUGAACAUGUCACCCAAAAGAUUCGAGAGAACUACCUCGAAGCUAUCCUGCGCCAGAACAUCGCCUACUUUGACAAGUUGGGUGCCGGUGAGGUCACCACCCGCAUUACCGCUGACACCAACCUCAUCCAAGAUGGCGUCUCCGAAAAGGUCGGACUAACCCUCACUGCCAUUGCCACUUUUGUUACUGCCUUUAUCGUCGCCUAUAUCAAGUAUGCUCCACUGGCGGGUAUCUGUACGUCGACAAUCGUCGCCCUUGUGGUGAUCAUGGGCGGUGGAUCCACCUUCAUUGUCAAGUUCAGUAAGCUUUCCCUGGAGAGCUACGGCGCCGGUGGCACGGUGGCGGAAGAGGUCAUCAGUUCAAUUCGUAAUGCGACUGCGUUCGGUACCCAGGACAAGCUGGCCAAGCAGUACGAGGUGCACUUGGCGCACGCAGAGCGCUGGGGCAUGCGUCUGCAGAUGGCUCUUGGUGUAAUGGUUGGCGGUAUGUUUGGGAUCAUGUUUUUGAACUACGGUCUUGGAUUCUGGAUGGGUUCGCGAUUCCUGGUUCAGGGCAAGCUCGAUGUCGGACACGUUUUGACUAUUCUGAUGGCUAUUCUUAUCGGUUCGUUCAGCUUGGGUAACGUCAGCCCGAACGGCCAGGCUUUUACCAAUGCUGUGGCUGCUGCUGCUAAAAUCUUUGCGACUAUCGAUCGCAAGUCCCCGCUGGAUCCUACUUCCGAUGAAGGCAUUAUCCUUGACCACGUGGAGGGUCACAUCGAGUUCCGUGAUGUGAAGCACAUUUAUCCUUCUCGUCCUGAGGUUACCAUCAUGGAGAGUGUCUCGCUUACUAUGCCUGCUGGAAAGACCACCGCCUUGGUUGGUCCCUCGGGCUCUGGAAAGAGUACCGUCGUUGGUCUCGUCGAGCGCUUCUAUCUCCCCGUUGGUGGCCAGGUCUUCUUGGAUGGGCACGAUAUCCAGACUCUCAACCUGCGCUGGUUGCGCCAGCAGAUCUCGCUGGUCAGCCAGGAGCCUAUUCUCUUCGGUACCACUAUCUACCAGAAUAUCCGCCACGGCCUGAUCGGAACCCGUUUCGAGCACGAAUCUGAGGAGAAGAUCAAGGAAUUGGUCGAGAAUGCUGCCAAGAUGGCCAACGCCCACGAGUUCAUCAAUAUCCUUCCGGAAGGCUAUGAGACCAACGUGGGUCAGCGUGGAUUCUUGCUGUCUGGUGGCCAGAAGCAACGUAUUGCUAUUGCCCGUGCUAUUGUUUCCGACCCUAAGAUUCUCCUCCUCGAUGAAGCCACUUCUGCACUCGAUACCAAGUCUGAAGGUGUGGUCCAGGCAGCGCUUGACCGUGCUGCUGAGGGCCGUACUACCAUUGUUAUUGCCCACCGUCUGUCUACUAUCAAGACCGCCCACAAUAUUGUUGUCUUUGUCAACGGAUCUAUCGUCGAGCAGGGUACUCACGAUGACCUGACUGAACAUGACGGUCCUUACUACAAGCUCGUCGAAGCCCAGCGCAUCAACGAAGAAAAGGAUGCUGAUGCCCUAGACGAGUCUGAGGACGAGGACAGCGCUGAAAACAUGGACAAGGCUCACAUCGCUCGCGUCCAGUCUGUUGCUAGCGGUUCUUCGGCAAUGCUCAAGGAGGAGGCUGAGGCUUUUGAAGCUGAUUUGCGUCGCCUUGAUUCUCGCAAGUCCGUGUCCAGCGUCGUCCUGUCUAAGCGCCCUGCUGAAGGAGGCAACCACAAGUACUCGCUCUGGACUCUGAUCAAGUUUAUUGCUGGCUUCAACAAGGAGGAGUGGAAGUACAUGAUUAUCGGUCUGUGCUUCUCCAUCCUCGCUGGUGGUGGUCAGCCCACUCAGGCUUUCUUGUACGCCAAGGCCAUCAGCGCCCUGUCUUAUCCCAAGUCUGAGUAUGCCAAGUUGCGCUCCGAGGCCAACUUCUGGUCCCUGAUGUUUUUGGUCGUUGGGAUCGUUCAGUUCAUCACUUUCUCAAUUCACGGCAUUGCCUUUGCUUUCAGCUCUGAGCGAUUGAUUCGCAAGGCUCGCAGCCAGGCUUUCCGCACUAUGCUCCGUCAGGAUAUCAACUUCUUUGAUCGCGAGGAGAACAGCACUGGUGCUUUGACUUCUUUCUUGUCCACCGAGACCAAGCACUUGUCUGGUAUCAGUGGUCAAACCCUCGGAACAAUUCUGAUGACAUCUACCACUCUUAUCGCUGCUAUUGUGAUUUCGCUGUCCUUUGGUUGGAAGCUUGCUCUUGUCUGUAUCUCGGUCGUUCCUAUUCUCCUAGGAUGUGGUUUCUACCGCUUCUACAUGCUCGCUGCCUUCCAGUCUCGGUCCAAGGCCGCCUAUGAAGGAUCUGCCAGCUAUGCUUGCGAGGCCACUUCCGCUAUCCGGACCGUCGCUUCCCUUACCCGCGAAAAUGACGUGUGGUCGGUUUACCAUGGCCAGCUCGACUUGCAGGGCCGUGCCAGUUUGAUCUCUGUCAUUAAAUCCUCGUCCUUGUACGCUGCAUCCCAGGCCCUGGUCUUCUUCUGUGUUGCCCUCGGCUUCUGGUACGGAGGAACCUUGCUCGGCAAGCACGAGUAUGGCAUGUUCACAUUCUUCGUCUGUUUCAGUGAGAUCCUGUUCGGUGCUCAAUCCGCCGGAACAGUGUUCUCCUUCAGUCCAGACAUGGGCAAGGCCAAGAACGCCGCUGCCGAGUUCUUGAAGUUGUUCGAACGUCGCCCGACCAUCGAUACUUGGUCUGAGGAAGGCGAGAACCUGGAGCACUGCGAGGGAACAAUUGAGUUCAAGGAUGUUCACUUCCGCUACCCUACCCGUCCCGAGCAGCCUGUGCUCCGUGGCCUCAACCUCAGCGUCAAGCCCGGUCAAUACAUCGCCCUGGUCGGACCCAGUGGAUGCGGCAAAUCCACCACCAUCGCCCUUCUCGAGCGUUUCUACGAUGCCCUUUCUGGUGGCGUCUACGUCGAUGGCAAGAACAUCGCCGAUCUCAACGUCAACUCCUACCGCAGCCACCUCGCUCUGGUCAGCCAAGAGCCCACUCUCUACCAAGGUACCAUCAAGGAGAAUAUUCUCCUCGGUCGCCCCAACGAGGACCCCUCCGACGAGGAACUCGUCAAAGCCUGCAAGGAUGCCAACAUUUACGACUUCAUCAUGUCCCUCCCUGAGGGAUUCGAAACAGUCGUCGGCUCCAAGGGUGGCAUGUUAUCUGGUGGCCAGAAGCAGCGCGUAGCCAUCGCCCGCGCCCUUCUUCGCAACCCUAAGAUUCUCCUCCUCGACGAGGCCACUUCCGCGUUGGACUCCGAGUCCGAGAAGGUCGUCCAGGCUGCUCUCGAUGCUGCUGCUCGUGGCCGUACCACCAUCGCUGUAGCUCACCGUCUCAGCACGAUUCAAAAGGCUGAUAUAAUCUAUGUCUUUGAUCAGGGCAAGAUUGUUGAGAGUGGAACUCACACUGAGCUGCUCCGUAAUAAGGGUCGUUACUAUGAAUUGGUUAACCUCCAAUCUCUGGGCAAGACUCAUUAA